CGCAUCCACCAUGUCGAGAGGCAUACCACAUCCACAGACUUCGUUCAACGGGCUGCUCGUGAUGCCUUAUCGCUCCCGCGAUAUCACUGGAUAUGCCGGAUACAACUUGACCAAUGUCAAGUGCGGGAAAACCAGCCUCACCGGAGAACUCCGGCUGACCGCUGCCCAGCACGCUUUUGGACAGGACAUUGACGAGCUCGUCCUGCUCGUGGAGGCUCAAGAUGCAAAGCGACUCCACGUUCAUAUCUACGACAAGGCGGAGAAGCAGUACCAGAUCCCGCAGGACGUUCUGGCGCAGCCGACUGGGUCGGUCGAAUUCUCCUCGUGUGAUUUGACGUUCAAUUAUGAGCACUCGCCCUUCACUUUUUGGAUCACUAGAGGUUCUGAGGUACUAUUUGACACUCGUCCGAGCAAUAUCCCCAUCUAUAAAGACGCCGUCAAGGUGACCACCACCGGUGGAACACCAGCCGAGCCGUUCACUGAUCCCGACGAUGACAUCCCGUUUAUCGAUGCCGACGGUAACGACACUCGCACGCGGAUGCCAGCCCACCCGCUGAUCUUCUCCGAUCAAUACAUCCAGCUCUCGACUGCACUUCCCUCCCCAGCCAACAUUUUCGGUCUCGGAGAAGUCAUCUCGUCCUCUGGCUUUCGGCGCGAUGACGAGCUCACCAUUGCAACGAUGUGGAAUCGCGACUCUGGCGGCUCGCCCACCAACCAGACGCUCUACGGCUCGCAUCCAUUCUACCUAGAUGUGCGUGAGCAGAGUCACGGCGUGGCUCUUCGCAACAGCCACGGCAUGGACGUUAUCAUGCGCUCGGGAGUCCUCGAAUACCGCAUUCUCGGUGGCACGCUCGACCUGUACUUCUUUGCCGGUCCAACGCCCCUCGCUGUCGUUGAACAAUACUCUGCGUUCACUGGCAAACCCACGCAGAUGCCCUACUGGGCAUUUGGAUACCACAUGCUUCGCUGGGAGGGUGCAUUCAAGACCAUCGACGGGGUGAAAGAGGUCGUUGAGAAUAUGCGCAAAGCCGACAUCCCGUACGAGGUGAUCUGGAGUGAUCUUGACCAUAUGGAUGGCAGGAAGAACUGGACGUGCAAUCCGGACGGCUUUGAACCCUUGAAGUUUAGGGAGUUCGUCGAGUGGCUUCACGACCACCACCAGCGCUUCGUCCCGCUAGUCGAUGUGGCCGUAGGCAAGGUUGAAGGCUAUGCGCCUUACGAGGAUGGAGCUCAGGACGACGUUUUCGUGCACACUGCGGACGGCUCCGAAUUUGUGGGGCGCGUCUGGCCAGGCGCGACGGUCUUUCCCGACUGGACACACUCCAAAACCAUCGAAUGGUGGACCAAACAAAAUGCCAAAUUCCACGCCAAAGUGCCUUUUGACGGUCUCUGGCUGGACAUGAACGAACCGGCAAACUUUUCCAACCCUGCACCAGGUGUCCCAGUGCUCGUCGAAGACAACCUAGACUCACCGCCGUACGCUGUGCACGAUGGAUGGAAAGGACUCAAGCGCAUGUCCAUCAAUCCAUCAGCGAAGAAUGCCGAUGGGAGUCGCCACUAUCACAUGCACAACACAUACGGUUAUAGGGAAAAUCUUGCUACGCGCAAAGGUCUGCUCGAGCUAUCUGAUCGGCCGUUCAUCCUAUCCCGGUCAUCCUUCCCGGGUCUUGGCCAAGUCUCCGCGCACUGGCUCGGUGAUAACUACUCGACCUGGCAGUCAAUGCGCGACUCCAUUCAAGGAGUCCUCCAAUUCCAACUGUACCAGGUGCCCAUGACAGGUCCCGAUGCCUGUGGAUUCGCCGGAACCGCCACAGAAGAGCUCGCCAAUCGCUGGCUUCAACUCGCGGCGUUCUAUCCCUUCUACCGUAAUCACAAUGCGGAUGGCGCGGGUGAUCAGUUCCCUUACCUCUGGCCCGGCGUUGCGGAUGCCACACGCAAGGUCAUCAAGGCGAGGUAUAGUCUUCUGCCAUACUGGGAAACGCUGUUCAAAGAGGCGCACUUGCAUGGCACACCGCCUCUCAGACCGCUUUUCUUCGACUUCCCUUCAGUCAAGCAGUACGACGCACAAUUCCUUGUCGGCUCAUCACUCUUGGUCACCCCUGUACUCCACGAAGGGGCUACAAAAGUCCGCGGUCACUUCCCCAGUGACAAUGGUACCCAGUGGCGACACUGGUGGACUCACGAACUCGUUGUACCCGGCAACGAUGGCACUGCAGAGCUCGACGCACCUCUUGGCGAGAUCCCGGUGCAUGUCCGCUCGGGAUCUGUCGUGCUGAUCUACAACGAGCCUAAGUAUACCCUCAAGGAGACCCGAGAAGGGUCUUAUGGCCUCGUCAUACAUCUGAAUGCCGAAGGAGAGGCGCAGAGCGUGUACCACGUCGACGACGGUUUGACGAAUGGUCCAUGUACCACGGUCGAGGUCCGAGCGAGUGGAGGAAAGAUCGCCCUUCUGUCAUCUGGGGAUUACAACGUGCCAACGCUCCUUACAUCAGUCAAAAUUCUCAAUGUCGAGAAUCGCCCAGUGGCGGUGAGGUGUGGGGACUUGUGCUGCAAUUUGUCCCAAUGGGAGGGGAAGACAGGUACUGCAUGGCUCGAAACCGCAAUAGAUCUCAACAAGUCUGCCCUAAUCGCUUGGGCCUAA